GUCAAAGAAAGUAGGCUACGGUACGAGGUUAUAAACAGAGCACUACUUACUCAUCUCUCUCACACACGUUUUUUUCAAACUAAACAAAUCAGUCUAUUAGAAAGAAGAAGAAGAAGAUGAGUAGUUCUGUAUCCCCGUCGCACAAUGUCUUCGUCUAUGGCAGUUUCCAGGAACCAGCCGUCGUGGGUUUGAUCCUCGAAUGCACACCAGUCAUCGUCUCCGCUCAACUCCACGGCUUGUACAGGCUCAAAGGGCGUUUGCAUCCUUGUAUUGCUCCUUCUGAGACCGGUGUAAUCAACGGCAAGGUACUAACCGGAUUAACAAAUGCUCAGCUAGAGAACUUAGAUAUGAUUGAAGGAGCUGAGUACGAGAGGAAAACUGUUGAGGUUGUAUUGACUCAUACAUCCGAGAAAAUGCAAGUGAAGGCCUUUAUAUGGGCCAACAAGGAUGAUCCUGACAUGUAUGGAGAAUGGAAUUUUGAGGAAUGGAAGCGGCUUCACAUGGAGAAGUUCAUAGAGGCGUCGAAGAAGUUCAUCGAAUGGAAGAAGAAUCCAAAUGGGAGGACAAGGGAAGAGUUUGCCAAAUUUGUAAACGAAGAUCCUCCCGUGGCUUAAAGAAUGUGUUAUCUAAUCUUUGUCUAUCUUUUACUCAAAAAUAAAAAGGUCUUAUCACUUCAAAGGCCAUAAGAUUAUAAUAAGCUUUGUGAGUUAGGAACACAAAUAUAUGUUGUACUGUAUCUGUAUCUAUAUCUAUAUAUGAACAAGAGGUAUAUGUGUUAAGUUUGGUGUC